GCGCCCAGAGGGGCCAAUCAGCGCUCAGGGGCGUUCUCAGGCCCCCCCCUUUCCCGCCCCGCGACCCGGAAGUGGUUCUAGGGCAGGCGGGCGGGUUUGAGAGGGUGGGGAUUGCGACUCUCACGCCCUGAGCUCCGGUGCUCCUUUCGUAACUCCACUGGCCGCGGCAUCUGUGGGAAAAGUGUGGCUGGUCUUCGAGGAGCCGCACCAAUGGCUUCCGUGCUGUCCUACGAAAGCCUGGUCCACGCCGUGGCCGGAGCCGUGGGAAGCGUGACAGCAAUGACAGUGUUUUUUCCCCUGGAUACAGCUAGACUUCGACUUCAGGUUGAUGAGAAAAGAAAAUCCAAAACUACACACAUGGUGCUCCUGGAGAUCAUUAAAGAAGAAGGACUCCUGGCACCAUAUCGAGGGUGGUUUCCAGUGAUUUCCAGUCUCUGCUGCUCCAAUUUUGUCUAUUUCUACACUUUUAAUAGCCUCAAAGCACUCUGGGUCAAAGGUCAACGUUCUACCACUGGAAAAGAUCUGGUAGUUGGGUUUGUUGCAGGAGUGGUUAACGUGUUGCUAACAACUCCACUCUGGGUGGUAAACACCAGACUGAAGCUGCAGGGGGCAAAAUUUAGGAAUGAAGACAUUGUACCAACAAACUACAAAGGUAUCAUUGAUGCUUUUCAUCAGAUCAUUCGAGAUGAAGGAAUCUCGGCUUUAUGGAAUGGCACAUUUCCCUCAUUGCUGUUGGUCUUCAAUCCUGCUGUCCAGUUCAUGUUUUAUGAAGGCUUAAAACGGCAGCUGUUAAAGAAACGGAUGAAGCUUUCUUCCUUGGAUGUGUUCAUCAUCGGUGCAGUAGCCAAAGCGAUUGCCACCACGCUGACCUAUCCCCUGCAGACGGUACAGUCAAUUCUGAGGUUUGGGCGUCAUAGACUAAACCCAGAAAACAGAACAUUGGGAAGUCUUCGGAAUAUUCUCUAUCUUCUUCACCAACGAGUAAGACGUUUUGGAAUAAUGGGACUCUACAAAGGCCUUGAAGCCAAACUGCUGCAGACAGUCCUCACUGCUGCUCUCAUGUUCCUUGUUUAUGAGAAACUGACAGCUGCCACCUUCACAGUUAUGGGGCUGAAGCAUGCACACAAACACUGAGACGCCUUCCCAAGAAAAAUUCCGAAGAUGCUCAAGAGGGAGGUUUCCUCCUGAGUGAAGAGAAGUGAUUCUCCUUUGACUCUGGCUCCUGCCACCACAAAUGUUACCCUCAUUGGCUUGAAAAGCAUCCAAGGGUGAACAGGGAGUAUGGCCAACUGGACCUGUUGUCACCUUAAUUGUCAUGCUGGCCGGUUGGAUUCUGGGGUUGCAGUUGGACUAAUGUGAAAAAAACAUAUUGCUGAAAACCUAAAAAUGAAAGUUUGUGAGUGUUUAUUGGUUUUCUUAAGAGAAAUGGACUAUUUUGCUCUCAUGUGUAAUGUUUUCUAUUUAAAUCUUUCUUAAAUAUACCAGCUGUUCUCUUUCCCUGAACUCUCCCCCAGGUUCUAGGACAAAUUUAAUAACAUGUAAUUCUCCUCAAAUACUUUUGUAUGUCUCAGUGUUGGUGUUUUCCUCCCUAAAACUAACAUUAGGGCUGCACCACGGGCAUGACUUGAUUUUUGUUGGGCUUUUUUUUUCCUGCUUAAGGAGAGGUGUCUUUUUAGGAUAUGAGCUAUUUAUUUUGUGAAACGAAAAUUGUUCAUCCCAAAUGAUUCUCUUAUAAACUAUUUGUAAAUGUCACUUAUUCAUUAGUGUUUGACAUAAUUUUUAGAAUAUUUAUUUUGAAUCAAUCCUUUCAUUACGAAAGACUUGAAGUUUUGUGUCCAUCCUUACAAGCCCUGGUCAGUCAAGUCCCAAUAAAUGGUCAGCACAAAAAAGAUAUUCUUGAAAAUUGCUCUUUAUUAAGGUAUUACGUUGAGUUUGCAACCAGAUGGGAAAAAUCACAAAAAUGAGAAGGGGAGCAGAUAUCUUGUUGAGGUCUGGAUAUUAUCUCCCUUUAUAAACUUGGUGUAGGCUGUAUAUUUUGAAAAUAAACAUCUGGUUGAGGUUAUUUCAUUUGGAAACCUUCCUUAGAGUCCUAUUGCUCAUGUGGUCCAUCAGAUGGUAAUACUGCCACAAGCUGAGAGCUUGCUGGGCACGCAACCCAGAGUUUCUGUAUCCUGUUCCGUAUUUUAACAUUCCCAGGUGAUUCACAGCCACAUUAAAGUUCAGGAGACCAUAGGACCCCUGACCCAUGAGAAGAAGUGAUUGGUUUCAAUUAUAGACAUCAAGAUAAAGAUUUUUCUCAAAGGAAAGAGAUUAAUGUAUUAAAACAACCUCUGAAAAA